AUGGUAAGCACACGCCUGGUCCUGGCGCUGGCCUUUGCCUAUGCCAGAGCCGACGAAUUGAGAGAUCUCCUGGUUGCAACAGCUCGCGGCGCAAGCGUGCUGAAGGGCCACUUGUCUUCCAGGACGAUUCCCAAAAGCUUGCUAAGUCAGAAGGACGAGUUCGGCUUCAGCGCGCUUGCGGUAGCGACCUACCUUGGCGACUAUCUCGCUGCCGAGCUACUCGUCAAAGAAGGUGCAGCGCUAGCACCUGGUGAGAUCACAGCAUUCAUGGGCGAUUCCCCUGUCAAGCUCGGCUCGAUUGUGGAGCUGGCAGUGCGACGCAGCUCAAUGCUGAUCAUGUUGGGAACAGGCCUUGGUCUAAGAUCUUCUAAGACCUUUCAGCUUGAGAACCUGAUUAAAGGGGUGGAGAUGUUUCAAGAUGCCGCCCUACUUGCACGAAUCGCAGAAGAGGCUCUCCACUGCAAGGUGCCAGAUGUGGCGCAGACCUUGAGGCUCGUUGCAACCAGCGGGGCGCAAGCAACAGAGAAGUCGCAGGAGGAGGGUGCUGACUUGGCACGAGCCGCCUACUUCUUGGACUCCGCCAUGGUAGGGCACUGA